GAGAGCGAACAAAGCAUGUGUUGUUGCUCCUCUCUCUCUCCAAAACCACAGUAACGUCGUCGAAGACAAGGUAACGUGAUUCGAAUCACUCCUUUGUUGAAUCCAACUCUGGCGACGGCGAUCGCGAUCGUGAUCCACAACCGCCAUUGACGUCGGGGAGAGCGAGAUUUUGGGUGGAGAGACAGCCAUUGACGCCGGAAAAAAGAGGGAGAUAGGAUCGAAUGGUGGAGAAGAAGAGGAAGAAGGUGUGGAUAUGGGGGGAGAACCACAACAGCGGCGGAGGAGAAGCGGAUGUUGCGGAGGAGGAGAUGUCGAAGGAAGGGACGGCGAGCCAUUACAGUCUGAGCAAAGGGCUUCUUCCGCCGCUCGGAGCCACCUCCCGUUCUUCACGUGACCCCAAGCUCCGCCGCUUCAUGAUCUCUCCCUUCGAUCCCAGAUACAGAGCUUGGGAAACGUUUCUAGUGUUUCUGGUGCUCUACACAGCUUGGGCAUCGCCUUUUGAGUUUGGGUUCCUGAGAAGCCCGAGAGCACCCCUCGGUAUUCUUGAUAACGUUGUGAAUGGAUUCUUCGCCAUGGAUAUCAUUCUGAGAUUCUUCCUUGCCUUCCUCGACAAGGCAACUUAUCUCCUCAUCGAUGAUCCCAAGAAAAUAGCUUGGAGAUAUGCCUCUACUUGGCUAGCCUUUGAUGUGGUAUCUACAAUUCCUUAUGAGCUGUUCGCAAGCGUAGUUUUGCAUGAAACUAUUCAGGGAUAUGGGAUUUUCAGUAUGCUACGUCUAUGGCGUCUUCGAAGGGUCAGCAAUUUAUUUUCCAGGUUGGAGAAAGAUAGGAAAUACAGUUACUUCUGGGUUCGAUGCACGAAGCUUCUGCUCGUCACUCUCUUUGUGAUUCAUUGUGCUGCCUGCUUCUGCUAUUCUAUCGCCGCACAUUACCCAGAUCCUUCCAAGACUUUUAUGGCACUUUCAAACGAGAAUUGGCAACAGGCUCCUUUGUCUGGGCAGUAUAUUACAGCAAUGUAUUGGUCCAUAACUACUUUAUCAACAACGGGCUAUGGUGAUAUACACGGAGUCAACACGAGAGAGAUGACCUUCAUUCUCUGCUACAUGGUCUUUAAUCUUGGAUUGUCAGCAUAUAUAAUUGGUAAUAUGACCAACUUGGUUGUUCACGUAACCAGCCGGACUAGGAAAUUUAGAGAUACCAUCCAAGCCGCCUCGGGGUUUGCUCAGAGGAACCACCUUCCUGUGCGCUUGCAAGAGCAGAUGGUAGCUCAUUUGUCUUUGAGGUACAGAGCUGAUUCAGAAGGCCUACAACAGCAAGAGAUUUUCGAUACCCUACCAAAGGCUAUUCGCUCCAGCAUUUCACAUUAUCUGUUCUACGACAUCGUUGACAAAGUUUACUUGUACCAAGGAAUAUCGAAUGAUCUGCUUUUCCAGCUGGUCUCCGAGACGAAGGCAGAGUAUUUUCCUCCUCGAGAAGAUGUGAUUCUGCAGAAUGAAGCGCCCACAGACUUUUAUAUACUGGUGACAGGAGCUGUUGAUAUAAUUGCACGCGUUAACGGGGUGGAGCAGGUUGUUGGUGAGGCUCAGACAGGAGAUGUUGUUGGUGAAGUUGGGGUGUUAUGUUACAGGCCACAGUUGUUCACAGUUCGUACAAAACGUUUGAGUCAGUUGCUUCGUCUAAACCGUACAUCAUUCUUACAUCUGGUUCAAGCAAACGUUGGAGAUGGGGCAAUAAUCAUGACUAAUCUUCUUCAGCAUCUGAAGGACUCAGAAGAUCCUGUGAUGCAAGGCAUUUUAGCAGAUACAGAACACAUGUUGGCUCAAGGGAAAAUGGAUUUACCUCUUAGCUUAUGUUUUGCAGCGGCCAGAGGAGAUGAUUUAUUGCUGCAUCAAUUGAUAAAACGUGGUUCGAACCCUAAUGAAACCGAUAAUAAUGGACGAACUGCUCUGCAUGUAGCAGCAUCAAGAGGAAGCCAGUAUUGUGUCGUUCUACUCCUAGAACACGGAGCUGACCCAAACAUUAGAGAUUCUGAAGGGAGUGUUCCCUUAUGGGAAGCAAUCAUUGGGAGACAUGGAGAAAUUGCUCAACUCUUAGCGGAAAACGGCGCAAGGCUCAGCCCCGACAUGGCCGGCCAUUUCUCAUGCUUAGCCGUUGAACUCAACAGCAUUGAUGCCCUGAAAGGCAUAAUCAAAUACGGAGGCAAAACCUCGCUUCCUGACAGCAACGGAACCACAGCUCUACACAAAGCUGUCUCGGAAGGAAACAUUGAAAUCGUGAAGUUUCUAUUGCAGCAAGGAUCGGAUAUAGACAAGACGGAUAUGUACGGUUGGACGCCUCGGGGUUUAGCCGAGCAUCAAGGGCAUGAAGACAUUAAAUCUCUGUUCCAGAAUCACAAGCCAAAGUCUGUUGUAGGAAUACCGGAGGCUCCCGUACUGGGAAAGCCGUUGAUGAAGUACAGCAGUGAGCCUUUGGUGCCUCCUCGGAAUUCAAGCGAUACAUCAAUGCCUAUAACGCCGGAGAGGAGAGGGUCAGACGUUUCUCAGAGGAGGAAGAUCAAUAACUUCAGGAACUCCUUGUUUGGAAUCAUGUCUUCUGCCAACACAGCGGAGGACAAGGGAGCGUCAGCAAGAAACCCGCCUACACCAGGUGUUUCAGCGAUUUACCCGGCAAGAAUUACGAUCAGUUGGUCAGAGAAUGGUGAAAUUACCAGGAAAAAGGUGGUAUUGCUACCGAAUUCUAUGGAAGAGUUACUCGAAAUAUGUCAGAAAAAGAUCGGAUUCGUGCCCACGAAGGUUCUUCUAGAAGGAGCCGAUGCCGAGAUCGACGACAUCAAGCUCAUCAGAGACGGCGAUCAUCUCCUCCUUUCCAGAAAUGACUGAUGAACAAGCGAAGCCUGAGAUGAGAUUUCUAUCAAACUGCAUAUACAAUUUUGUGGGGUUUCUUCCUGCAUUCAUCGUUUCGUAUACGG